AUGGAAACAGAUAUUUCCGAAACAAAUUUAGUUAUUAUUACUAAAAGGGAUCGAAUAAAAUUAUUUUGCUUUCUUUACUGGAGAAAUAUAUUGCUAAUUUCAACUCCACUCUUACUUUUGCCUGUGGCAUACGCAGCAGAAAACAAUGCAUACAAAUGUUUUUACAUAUUUCUGGUAACAGUGGUUUAUUGGACGGCUGAUGUUUUACAUCAAGGGAUAAUAUCUUUAGUACCAAUAGCUUUAUAUACAAUUGUUGGUUCAAAAGACCCCGGAUACAUAAAUCACAUAUUUGUAAGGAAUGAGUUAUUAGAUUACUUAAGUGUAAUGAUGAUAAUUUUCGCGAUAGAAAGAAGCAAUUUGCAUAGGAGGAUAGCUAUUAAACUUUUAUUACAAUUCGGUUGUUCACACUACAGGUUAAGUUUUAUAUUGUUCUUCAGUACAACGUUCUCAGCAAUGUGGCUUUCAGACAUAAUUGCAUGCGGACUAAUGACGCCACUUGUAAAGGCAAUUUUAGCUGAAUUGGAGCGAAUGGGAAUUCUAGAGAUACACGAAGUUAUAGGAAAAGCUAAGCAGACAUCUGAACGUCAUGAACAGAAGAAACCGAGACCAACUAAUUUCACCAUUUUCUAUUUUUUAGGAAUAGCUUAUUCUUCAUCAAUAGGUAGCAUAGCUACUGUUGUGGGAAGUCAAACAAUUCAAAUCUUCAAAUUUUAUUCAGAAAGUUUGUUUCCGUCGAGUCCUCCCAUCGAAUUCCCACACGUGAUCCUGUUGACCCUGCCGGGAGUGCUGCUCAUGGAGCCACUGCUCUACGUCUGGAUGAACUCGUACUUCCUCAGGAUGUUUAGGGCUCGAAGUAACACGGCAUUGGAAAUAAAUAUCACUGAAGAGGAAGCCAUGUACAUUAACACCCUGCUGAAGACGCAAUAUCAUCAGCUCGGAAGGAUUACUUACCACGAAACAAUUGUUGCUGUAAUAACGACGGUGGCGUGUUUCCUACAAGCUUGCCUAAAUUCAACAUACAUUGAAAGUUUUCCGGGAAAUCACAGUCAUUUAAAGAUAUCAGCUCCGUGCUUUAUAUGCGUGCUCCUGUUAUUUGUAACUCCAGUUGAUUUAGACUUCAUAAGAUUUUUCAAGAAACAAGGUAAUGCCAACGAACCCUUGCCUACGUCAACAAGCAAGUCGUGUUUAAAUUGUAAUCAUGUGCAGAACAAUAUGGAUUGGAGUAUGCUGUUUAUGAUAGCCAGCAGUUGUGCCACCUUAGAAGCUUUGCAAGAGUCCGGUAUGAUGCGAGAGCUGGAGAAGCCUCUGUUAGCCCUAGCGACGUGGCCCGCGCCCGUGUUAGCUCUCAUAGCUAUCGUGCUGUGCAAGCUGCUUACAGAGUACGCGGCCAACCCGUGCGUCGCUUACUGCGUAUUGCCCAGCUUCGCGAGACUGAGCGUGGCAGGAUCAGUGAAUCCUCAGUACCUGAUGAUGGCUGCCACUCUUGGAUGCUCGCUGCCGUUCCACCUCGUCACAGGGUCCCCUGUGAACGCCCUGGUGGCUGCGUAUGUUGACAUACCCCCGUGGAAGAUGAUGUCCGCCGGGAUUGGUCCAAGUGUUAUGACUAUAGUGGUGUCCUGGCUUACUGUGGCUGUGUGGUCCAGAGCGAUAUGGAAUGAUAUACACCUCACACCUCUAUGGGUGCUUGACAACCCGUUCAAGGAUAAAGGCACUUAA